CCAAAAUCAAACUUACGCCCCUUGUAUUUAAAUUUUGUUUCUCAUCGAAGCCUCGCCCCCUCUUUUAAAUAUUCAUAUAAAAGCCACUGAAAGGGUUUGUGAUUUUAUUCACCUCCUGACAGACCAAAGAUGGAACUGAAAAUCUUCAUUGUUCUCUUCUGCACUCUUUUCACUGGAGGACAUUCACUCAAAUGUUAUGAGUGUUCAGGUAUAAUGGGUUCUUGUGAAAGAGUGAAAGAGACGACGUGUAUGGGCACUGCCAGAUGUGCAAGUACAACAUCUGUAGUAUUCACUGGUGGCCCUGGAGUUAAAAAGCAAUAUAAGGGUUGUGAAGUGAAGGCGAGUUGUAUAAAUGCAUCUGUUAACAACGGAAUUGUCAGGACAGUUACAUCUUCACAGUGCUGUAACACAGACCUUUGUAAUAACAAAGAUGCCCCAGAUUCCAGCUCUAACAGCCCCAAUGGAAAACAAUGUUACUACUGUGAUGGACAGAGUUGCUUCAACAAAAUAAACUGUUUAGGAACUGAAGACUCCUGCUAUAAAGCUACAGAAACUGUUGGGUCUCCGACUUUUAAAGGAUGCAUGUCUAAAUCUGUAUGUGAUGCAUCACAAUUGACUGAAGAUUACACGAGCUUCUCAUGUUGUCAGGGAAAUCUGUGUAACGGUGCUAAGAGCGUCACACAGAAUCUCCUCUUUCUCUUCUGGCCGCUCUUCUUCUUCAUCCUGAUCCACUGAAUUCAGCAAAACUUCACUCUCUACAGCAGUAAUGAGAGAUAUUGUGGUGGGAUUAGUAAAAAAAAAAGGGUAUGUUUUAUGAUUUAUGCAGCAGCAACAGCAGUAACAUUUUGGAUAAAACAAUGUUUCAUUUAAUAUAGAUUAAUUUUCAUUACAUUUUUGAUUUAUUUUUUGGUGUG